AUGAAUAUUUUUUUGUUAUUUAUAAUCAUAUUACUUGUUGUUGAAACAAUUCUUGCUCAUCGUGGAUUUUCUUAUGAAAACCUUGGUAGUUUUUGCAAGAACAAUACUCCACAUGAUAAUCCAAAUCUUCUUCCAAUUGAAACUGGUCUUCCUCGUUUGAUUCGUAAUAUUGAAAAUGGUUCACUUUAUCAAAUUGGUAUUGAUGAUGAUCAAACAUGGCUUAUUCAUGUUUGGGGUAUGAAUGGUUAUGAUUAUGGAUUUGCUUAUGGAACAUUAUUAAAUGAACAAAUUAAUAAAUUCAUACCUAAAACUUAUGCAUAUUUUGAGAAAGAAGUUAUGGAAAAACUUGAACACUUACAAGUACCUGACUGGUUUAAAAAAAUAAUUGCUAAUAAAGGUUUAGCUUUUGCAUUAGAUCUUCAAAAUACAUUAGUUGAACCUUAUAUGGAUAAAGAAAUUUAUAAUGAACUUCAGGGUAUAUCAGAUGCAGCAAAAAUAGAUUAUAAACUUUUAUUACGUAUACAUAUGUUUGGAGAACUUACACGUGCUCAUUGUUCUUAUUUUGGAGCUUGGGGUAAAGCAACGCUUGGUGGUAAAACACUUCAACUCCGCGCAUUUGAUUGGGAUAUGAGUGCUGAUUUACAAGCCUAUCCAGUUAUUACUAUUUAUCAUCCCCGAUCAUCGAAAUUAGGUCAUACAUUCACUAAUAUUGCUUGGGCAGGUUAUAUUGGUGUUUUAAGUGGUAUGUCGUCGACAUUAUUAGGUAUGACAUCAAUUGGUGUUGAAUUUCCUGAUGAUACAUUUGGCGAUGAGAGUAUGUCUGGUGAACCAUUUAUUUUUGUUUCAAGACAUAUUUUACAAUAUUCUCAAACAGUUGAUGAUGCUCUUGCUUAUAUUAGUGAUGUUCGUCGAACAUGUCAUUUAAUCAUGGGUAUUGCUGAUGGAAAAUUAAAUACAGCUCGAAUGAUUCAAUAUUCACAUUCAAAAGUUAAUUUUUUUGAUGAUCUUAAUUUGCAACCAGCUGCUGAGUGGCAUCCACAAAUUACAAAUGUUGUUUAUAAUGGAAUGGAUUGGCUUUGUCCAUCAUAUCAAUAUAAACUUUAUCAACAAAUUAUGGAGCAAUAUGGUCAUAUUACACCAGAAUCAACUAUUCAAAAUAUUUCUGCUGUUGUUAAAACAGGUGAUGUACAUGUCGCUGUUUACGAUCUGUCAGAAAAUAUAUUAUAUUUGGCUAAUGGAGCAGCUUCUAAUAAACAAGGACCAAAACAAGCUUAUCAACGACAAUUUAAUAAAUUAGAUCUUAAAAUAGAAUAUGAUCGAAAACAACCAUCUAUCGAUGUUGUUGAAGAUUAA